CAAAACGCUGACACAGGAACACAAUACCAACCAUUUGCACGCAAAUCGCACGUUUGUGAAAACCAUAAAGACACUCUUUGAAGUCGCUCGACUCGCAAUACCCUUGACCUUGACUACCAUGUCAUUCCUAUCCGGCUCCUCUGCUCAGAGCACGCUCUCUGUUGAGGCCAUGUUCGCACAGAUCCUUGGGGCUGUCCAAAAUUCCCAAGCAGAGAUUGCAGAGCUGCGGCAGGAAUGCGCAGAACUGAAACAAGCAAAUGCUAGCUUGGAGCGUCAGGUUCGGGAGGGCAUGCAAAACGGCAAUAAUACCUAUAACAAUGGCCGUGCCCAUGGGACAUCGGGUUUCAGUACCCCAGUGCCGGGGAGUCCUCAGCUGCGGGCCAAGUCACCCUUUCUCUCACCCCACUACAUCCCCCCUGUUACUUCCAUCGCACCUGCCUUUCAUGUUCAGUCACCCUCGCCUUUAGGGGACAAUGCUUUGACACCCUUCCUCUGUUCUUCUAGAGACAUCCCGGGUUUCUAUGUGGUCAUUCCUGCUGGAGGGGCUGGCACACGGCUUUGGCCACUGUCAAGAGAGGGUCAUCCAAAGUUUCUCCUUGACCUUACCCUCAAAGGAAGAUCCUUGAUUCAAGCAACUUGGGAUCGUCUAUUGCCACUUUCGUCUCCUUCUCGUACCACAGUCGUGGCCGGUCCAGGACACGUCAAGUCUAUCCGAGAACAACUACCAGACCUCAGUCCUGAUAAUCUUUUCUGCGAACCCGGUCCGAAAGACUCUAUGGCUGCUAUCGGCCUGGCUGCUGCUGUCCUGCAGAAACGAGACCCUGACGCGAUUAUUGGUUCGUUCGCUGCUGACCACAUGAUCUCCGGAGAUGAUGCGUUCCUUUCUGCCAUUGCCGAGGCAGUUGAAGUAGCGAAGAAGGAUUAUCUUGUAACGAUUGGUAUCGCGCCUUCUCACCCUUCGACUGGGUUUGGUUACAUCCGGCUCGGCGACAAGUUGGGCAUCAAAAAGGCUCCGAAUGCAAGGCUUGUAUCGAGUUUCAAGGAGAAGCCUGAUGCUCGUACGGCUGCUGCCUAUAUUGGCACAGGCAACUACCGCUGGAACGCUGGUAUGUUUGUCACGAAAGCUAGCGUCCUCCUGGACCUGUUGAACGAUUACAAGCCCGAUGUUUGUGAGGGCCUAUGCAAGAUUGCGGAAGUUUGGGAGGAUGAGGCGCAACGUCAGGCAGUACUAGCAGAGGUUUGGCCAGGCCUUGAGAAGAUUCCUAUCGAUAACGCUGUGGCUGAACCUGCUGCUACUGAAGGAAAGGUUGCUGUUGUCCCUGCUACAUUCGGCUGGGAUGAUGUUGGAGACUUCUCUUCGCUCGCAGAGCUUCUCCCAGCCGAAGCUAAUCAACCUCGUAUACUCGGAGACGGUAGCCUUGUCCUUAUGGAACAAGCUGCUGGUGGGAUUGUUGUUCCUGGAUCGGGCCGUCUCAUUACUUGCUUGGGUGUCGAUGAUCUGGUCAUUGUCGACAUGCCCGACACUCUCCUUGUGACAACUCGUGCGCGGUCCCAAGAGGUCAAGCGACUCGUGAAGAAAUGCCGCGAUGCGGGUUGGAAGACUCUUCUCUAGUUCUGUUAUCGCUAUAUUCUUGGUCUUUCGGUUGCGAAACACUAUUCGACUCGAAGGAACAACUUUUCCCAAGACACUUGCAUACUUUUUUUUUUCUUCGCUCCAAAAACUGACUAUAUGAACAGUGCUAACCCACAUAGUAUACUAUACCCGCCUCGUCAUCUUUUGGUUAAUCCUGGACUGAUCAUGUGUCUGUCGCCUGUUGCUACGUAUGCUGUUUUGUAGGUAUGGUGGCUCGUUAGACACCCUUUAGUUUACUCCCAAGUCAUGAACACUGUCGCUGCUACCCAUC